AUGCGUGUGUUAAAUGGUGGUGAUGAUAACUCGGAAAAGAAAAACUCAGGUCCGGAUGAAAAAAUAUCUUCUUCAACUACAGCAUUUGAUAAUAAUAAUCAAGAUGAAAUUUCUUUACGUCAAAGAAAUGUAAAUAAAUUAGAAAAAGUAGUCAAUGAUAAUAAUAGUAAUGAUGAUAUUGUUGCGAAAAACAAAUCUACAAGCAUUAAAUUAUCAGCUUAUCUAAAUCUUAUAGCAGAUGCAACUCACAACUUUACUGAUGGACUUGCAAUGGCAGCGUCAUUUUAUACAUCACCAAGCAUUGGAGCUACUACAACAGUUGCUGUAUUUUUCCAUGAAAUACCACAUGAAAUAGGUGAUUAUGCAAUAUUAAUACAAAGUGGUUUCACCAAAAAACGUGCAAUGUUUUCCCAAUUUAUCACUGCAAUUGGUGCAUUUCUUGGUACAUUAACUGGAAUAAUAAUAGAAGAAUAUAGUAAACAGCAGCAAGAACAUCAUCAAAGCAACAAUCUUGAUUAUGAUAAUAAUAGUUUUGGUAUUUUUGGCACAGGUGUAUUAAUAGGUGAUUUGGUUAUACCUUUUACUGCAGGUGGAUUUCUAUAUAUUGCUACUGUUGGUGUUAUACCUGAAUUAUUAAAUGUUUCUGGAAAUUUUACAAAAGAUCUUAAGCAAUCUUUAAAAGAAUUUUCUACAAUGUUUAUUGGUGUUAUGAUGAUGGCAAUUAUUUCUUGGAAUGAAGUAUAG